AUGACAACCCCCAAAUCAGAAGUCAAGCUUCGACGCAUGUCCAUCGAAGGAUACUUGAGAAUCCAACAGCUCUUCCCCAAGGUCCACGAAGAUCUCCCCAAGCUUCUCUGGUUGAUUUCUCGUGGUGACUCGGAAGAAACCAAAACUGCUCUCGCUGGACUGAAUACUCUGCUGGAAAAAGAAAGCGAAGGAGAUGAAACCACUCUGGCAUUGUAUCGAGUCUGUGGUCAUGCCACAAUCACCAAAGCCAUGCGACUCUAUUCCGACAAUGUAACGGUCCAGCUGACAUCGCUGCAGGCUCUGGACCAUUUGGCCAAUCAUCAACGAUGCAAGAAGAUCGCCUUUGAUGAAUACACGUACAUGCGAACCAGCUUGGUGGCAUUGGGGGCGAUUGACCUUGCCUUGACGGCCGCUACUUCACUUGCUAACUUUAGCAAUGUUGCUGUCAGAGCACUUAGUCUGGUGGAAAAACUCAUGGAUGUCUAUACGUUUGAAGAACUGUUCCACCUCAAGAUCAUGGAAACUACUGCGACCAUUAUGAAGAACUAUCAAAGCUCUGGGAACGUCCAGAGCCGCGGAUGUGACAUCUUUCACAAGGCCACCAAGAAAUGUUCUGGUCCAAACCGUACAAUGUUUGAAGGAAUACAAACAGUGUCAUUGUUGGGGGCAGUCAUGGAACGCUUCAAGGACGAAAAGGUGUACACAAAAGCUGACAACGUGUUGCAAGGAAUCCUUUCCAUCAAGUCAAACAAGAGAAAGAGGAAUAGUUUGUAG